GGAGAAAACCGAGGCGUCGAGAACGGAACAGCGAAAGAAGACCCACGCCUUGCCAGUUGCCAUUUCCCUCGCCUCCCUCGCGAACACCGAAACGCCAACAAGAAAAACCCGGAGAGAACGAGCGUUUCAAUUUUGAUUCGAUCGAGAGAGAGAAAGAGAGAGAGAGUGUGUGUGAGUGAGAACGAAGAAGUCGGAGCUCUUCCGUUUCUUCUCCUGAUAAGCCGCACGAAUCGCCCCUGUCGCCGCCGCGCUGAACCCAAAUCGAAUCGACUAUGGCUUUGUGGAAUUGCUCCUCCAUGCACUGAGAUUUCCUCUUCGUUCUCAUCGAUCUGAAUUCCCCUUUAGGAGAAGUGCUUCUCUGGAGGGGGUGCUGUGUGCGGGUUUAAAGGGUUUGGUAGAUUGGUCUUCUGAUGAUGCUGAUUUGCAAUUCAUUUUCGGCCAAGUACUCUAUGAUCUUUUGAAAGCAUGUUUAAUACAGAAACUAUUUUGAUUUGUGAGUUGGUUGUAUAGGCUGUCGAUAGAUAAGAGGGUAUUUUCUGUCUAUAGAUAAUGUUCUAUACUAUAAAUGGAGAGAAGUGAGCCUGCAUUGGUUCCACAAUGGUACAAGUUAGCAAAUGGGAGCAGUUCAAACAACGCCCUGCGGAUCAGCACUUCCAAACGUCCAGGUGAUAAUUGUACGGCGUUUGGAUUAAGGGAUAAAUUAAUCAGAGACCAAGAUAGGAAUUUGAGGAGUUUGAGUUCUAACAGUUCUAUUAAUCGGGAUAGAAGUAGCUUUGUUAAAACACAGACUUAUGGCAAUUUCCAAAGGUCUCGUGAGAACAACCAGGAGAAGAAUUUUGAUCACCUUAAUCGUGAAAAUAGGUCAUCUUUGAUUCACAAUGGCUUCGACUAUCAUGAUUCAUCUAGAGUAAGAGCUAAAAAAGAUUACAUGAGACGCUCCCACUCUAUGGUCACAGGAAGGCAACUCAACUUACCUAAAAGAGAGGAAUUUCCAUCACUUCAAAUUAAAAGGAGGCAGAGCUUUUCAGAUGCAGAUGCCGAAUUAUCUAUGGGUCCUAAGACUGCUGUCCACAGUCUUCAGGUUGUCACUCCUCUCAUAAUUGGAACCUCAGCUCUAGCAGAAGCGCCUGUAAAAUUUGAAACUAAUGAAAAUGACGUAGCAUCUGCAACUAAAAGCACUAUGGCAGAGACAUUAGCGCAUACUCCAUCAUUGGUUGGCAACAAUCUUCAGAGGAUUGAAGAACUGGCUAUGAAAAAAUGCAAGCAGCUGAUUCCUGUGACACCUACACUGCCGAAAUCCUUGAAUUUUAACUUAUCAGAAAAGACAAAAAUAAUAACUGCCAAAGGCAGAGGUGGGGAUUUAAGUUCUUUUACUAAGGUUGGCCAGCAGAUGAACCUUGCUGGUCGGCCACCAUCUAGGUCUGAUAUUACUAAGACAUCUCAAGCGGGAAACUUUCAAAUUCUUAACCGAGAGAAGAAUAGCAUCCUGCUUGCUGCCAAAGAUGGUUCCAGUGUUAGCAAAGUUAUCGAUCAUGCUGGGUUUGUUCCAUCUGUUGCAGUUCCUCCAAAGACCCUAGCUGAUCUUAAGCUUAGAGUUGAUGACAAGAAUGGCGCCUUCACACAGGUCUCCAAUGGGGAAAGAAAACUCCUUUCUCGCGCUCAGAACAGGAAUGAUUUCUUCAAUUUGUUGAGGAAGAAAUCAUUAACUACUUCAAGCUCUAUUUCAGACUCGGAAUCCAUUGAUGUAAUGGAGAAUCUGCAAAGCAAUUCACUUGUCAAUAUACAAAAGCAUUAUCAUCAAGGUCUGGAUUGUUCAACAGAAAGUGGAAAUUGUUCGAAUGAAGGUUUUUUAUCUACUGAUGGGACUGGUAGACUGUAUGUUGACAAAGAAGAAACUAAAUUGUGUCUGGAUGGCACCAUUGACCCGGAAGAAGAAGCCUUCCUACAAUCUCUUGGGUGGGAUAAAAAUGCUGGGGAGGAUGCUUUGACACAGGAUGAAAUUGAUUCUUUCCGCAAGAAGUAUGAGUCUCAGCGACCACUAAAGGCUUCCAUCAGCUAGUUUUGCACCUGAAUUUGGCGAACAAACGUGAGUUAGUUAUUAGUUGGUGAGAAGGAUUUGUGUUCUUUUUUGCCUUAAUCUCAGAGUGAUUUAGAAUAUAUAGACUAAUCUCCUAUCUUAUGUUCCAUGACUAUAUAUUGAGGUUCCUUAUGCCGUGUUUAUCGCAAGAAUACUUCUGAGUAGACUUUUCUU